GUUGAUGCAUGCCAAGGGGACAGUGGUGGGCCUUUAGUUUGUGCUGGACCAGAUGGCAGAUACGUUUUGCAUGGAGCUACUUCUUGGGGAUAUGGUUGUGCUGACGCACAAUACCCAGGCAUCUACGCGCGCAUUUCUGCCGUUUUGCCUUGGGUCCUAGAAGUGGCAGGCCUAACACCUUCGGGCGGAUCGAGUGAUGGCAAUCUGACCUUCAACAUCAGCAGUCAGUCCAUUCCAGCCACUGCGACGCAUUUCUUGGUCUUCACUUCGAUGAAUGGCUUGGAAAUGACCAGUGGCAUCAGUGUGCCCUUGGUGGACUUCGCACCCAUCCAGGCGACCCCGGCCUCCAUCGCCUUCACGGACACCGACGCCUCCCCCGGUGAGCUCGGGGGCCUCAUCACUCUCGGACGAGCGAGCGACGAGGCGGAGGUCACGGGCUAUGCGGUGUACUGGGGCUCCGGAGUUGGGAGUUCCACCACCACGUACUACGGUUUGGUGGGUGAAGUUCCAAAAGGUUCAGGCGCCGUGGAGAUCUUGGUGGCGCCGAACACCGUGAAGCCUGUUGGAGCGACUCAUUUCCUUGGCUUCACAACAGCUAGUGAUGGAAGGGGUGCCAACUAUGUUGCAGUGCAGAUUACAGAUGUUGAUGAGUUGCUGGUGCCAGGUGGCUUGUCUUUCCAAGACACUGAUGCGAUCGCCAUGCAGAUCGGUGGCACCGUCACCAUCCAGCGGGCAGCCAGCAGCUCUGGAGUUUCCGCCUACAAUUUGUACCUCAGCAGCGGAGCUUGUACUGCGGUGGGCAGUGCCAUUGCCAACAUCCCCGUCUCACCGGGUGGUGGUCCCACCUGCUUUGAGGGCAGUAGCUGUGCUAUGAUCACCAUUCUUCAAGAGACAGCAGGUCAAUGGGUCAUCAGUCGAGGCAUGGAUGGCUAUGAAAACCAUGAGCAUGCAAUCAUCCAGGUGGAAGGUCCCGGUUUGGUGCACUUCACGCGCUUCGAGACCGAGCGCAGCUACGACAUCCUCCGCGUGGGCUCCGCGAGCUUCUCGGGCACCACGGUGCCUGCGGACGUGGAGCUGGGCGCCGGGCGGCAGGAGAUCGAGUGGGUCUCGGACUUUUCGGUGACGAUGCGCGGAUGGGCGCUGAGCUUCCAAUCCUACAGCACUUUUGGAGACAUCUCCUAUAGUUUACCCUCCACGGCCUUCGAUGGCACCGUGAACAGCAUGAUCGUGUUUUCAGUGGCCAAUGGAGCAGAAUAUACGGCGUCGUGUGCUGCAACGGCAGUCGCUGAUUUUGCGCCUCCAAACCAAAGUCCUCAAAAUCUCUGGUUCGAAGAUACGAAUCCUUCCAGUGGGCGUGUGGCAGGCACCGUGACCAUUCUGCAAGCUCGGAGUCAUUCUGGAGUCUCAGAAUAUCGCGUGUACUGGGGACAGAACUCUUCCACAAUUCUGCCCGGAAGCUCUGUGGUGCUCGUUGUGCCUGCCACCACCGCAGGCACGAACUUGACUGUGAGCCUCAAUGAGACGGUCCUUCCAACGAAUGCCACGCAUCUCUUGGCCUAUUCCGCUUCCAGCCAGGGCGAAUCCGUGUCUGGCGUUAGCGCAGAGGUGAUUGAUUACCACCCGGCCCAAGAGGGCCCGCAGGGUCUGAAUUUCACCGAUGAGGAUGAAAGUGCUGGCUAUGUGAGUGGCACUGCUUAUGGGAUCAGGGCCCAAGACGAGUCCACGAUCGAAGAGUACAAGUUGUACUUCUCCAGUGGUCAGACCAAGAUCAGUUUCAUUGGUUCCGCACCCUCCACCAGCAUCCUGCCGCGGCCGACGUGCAGCGGCAUCACAUGCUCGCAUAUCACCAUCAACGAAGUGGCAGGGGCCUUCCAGGUCUCAAGGGGGUCCUAUGACAAUGAAGAAUUUGCCAACAUGGCCAUUACCGGGCCGGGGCGCUUGCGCUUCACCCUGUUCAUUACGGAGGAAAACUACGACUUUUUGACCGUCAUGGGCACCCCCUACAGUGGAAGUGGUCAACCCAGUGGUCCUCCAGAGGAGAUCUACAUCCCAGAAGGAACCCAUGAAAUUACUUGGCGCUCGGACUAUUCGGUGACCAUGAGCGGUUGGGUGUUCCUCUAUGAGUCUGCAAGUACAAGUUCCUUGAACAUCCCUGUGCCUCGCAGCGCGAUCCCCGCAGGUGCCACCGACUUGCUGAUCGUUUCAAGCUCCAGCGGUGGAGAGAUGGCUCAGGGAGCCACGACGCCACUGGUAGAUUACAAUCCGCCACAGGUGGUGCCUGAAUCGGUGGAAUGUGUCGAUAGUGACAACAGCAUCGGAUAUCUGCAGGGCACCUGUACCGUGGAGCGCGCCAGUGAUGAAAGCAAUGUGAUCGCCUAUGAGGUCUUCUUCGGCAACGUGACCGGUGCUCCUUGGGUCGCCUUAGGCUCCUUGGGUCGCUUGGCUGUCACUGGGUUAACCGGGACAUCUGCCGUGGUCACGAUUCCACGCGUGGCCGUGAGGCCGGGUGCCUCGCACUUGGUGGCCGUGGCGGUGGGUGCGGGUGGCAUCGCAGCUCGUGGUGCAUCAACAGCUUUGGUGGACAACAUCGGAUUGACCUUGUCACCGCAAAGCUUAGAUGAGCUGGGAACUCCAAACUCCCUCCACAAUGUCUCCAUUCAAUUGAGCAAUGCUGCAAGUGCAGCCACCACACUAAGCAUUGAGCUCAUCAUGGAAGAUGCUUCGGCCGAAAGUGGUGACGCUUCGACCAACUCAGGGACAUCCGGUGCUUCCAGCCUCUCCUCCAGCUCCUUGCCCGCAGCAUGUUUGGACGCCUCGCACGCUGGAAGCAGUUCCAAGCACCGGCUCAUCUACAAGAUGAAGGGAGUGACCAAAGGAUCUGGAACGGCUCGGCGUUUGCGUGAAGCGCAUGCGCGCAAGCUUGAAAGCACCCAUGGAGCCAAAGUGAAGAACUUGCACAUUGGCCAGCUGUCAUUUGCCGAGACCAAGAAUCGUUCAGUGCAAAGCUAUUGCAGACUCUAUGCAGAACUCAGGAAUGACCCCAUGGUAGAGUUUGUAGAAGAGGACUGCCUUGCAGUCUGCCAUGUUUCACGAGCUGAUGUUGCUUGA